AUGUUUUGCUUGUGAGACUGACCAAGAUUAAUUAACUACACGAUAACGCCAGCGAUAUUGUCACUCUCCAUCAUGGCUUCCCUACUAGGAGGUUGUAUUACUGCCCUAUGCCUUUCACAAUGUGUUUUUAUGGCUUUUGCUGCCUCAACGACCGCUCCACCCACCACUACCACAACUACUACGGCGACAACAACAACAACAACGCCGACUACUACCACAACCCCAACCACAACAACAACCACAGAAGCGCCUUAUUUACAAUGGGCGUAUCCUGAAUUGAAAGAGAGGGCUCCAGGCAAAGACGACCGGAUAGCUAUUGUUGGAGGCACAAUUCAGGGAAUCCAUUUCGCUAUUGCACUUACUGAUGCCGGUUACAAAGACGUGAAUGUGUAUGAAUCAAGCCACAGAUUAGGAGGAGAGGGAUUCUCUGUUUAUUUUAAUGGACAAACCUUCCUCCUUGGAGAAACCGUUAUCUAUGACGAGGAAGGGAUUGCAUCAGAAUUGAAUAAGCGUUUUGAAUCCACAUCGCUUCUAACAGUACCAAACCCGGAUAUAUGGACUUCCAAAACAAGUAAGGUGUCAUUCAAGGAUUACCUUUUAAAAGUGGCCAAAGAAGUCAGUCCAACGGCCGCUCUCACUUCUGCCAAUAUUGUAGUCCAUUAUCAAGGAUUACUAAAAAGGUACAAAACAGCCCUUAAGUCAAAUUUUGGAGACUACAAUGGUCACGUGAUGCGGCGUCCCCUUGACAAUGAACUCCAACGAUUAAACAAGACAUUCCUAGUUUUUCUGAAAGCCAACAAGGUUGAGGCUCUUAAGUCUCUGUUUCAAAUAAUGCUUACUUCAGUAGGUGCAGGUGACAUCGCUGAAGUGCCGGCUUUAUAUGGCGCCAUGUUCAUCAACCAAAAGAUAGCAACAAUUCUAUCGAACAAGCUAGGCAAAAACGCACCCAUUGCAAGUGUAUUCAAGAAAGGCAUUCAAUUCGUUAUGGAAGAUGUCGUAAAAAUGAAUGGGCUUGACGUUAAAUUGGAUUACGAAACAAACGAAAUCGAACGACAUGCCGAUGGAUAUUAUCAUUUGUAUUACAAAAAAGAAUAUGUGAAGACCACUAGCAAGAAGAAGAGAUGCUCGAAAGGAUACUUUAAACGUAAAUUUGAUCAUAUCUUCAUUGCUGUAGAACCAGAGGAGUUCAUCCCAUUUCUUGCAAACCCAAGUUCAGAGUUGAUGGACGUUUUAGAGACACUGUCGGCCUCAUUUAACACCUAUACCCUACUUAGAACAAACCGGUCUUCUGAUGCAAUUACAAAUGAACAGUUUGCAUUCAAUAAUUAUGAAGAUUUCAACGUUCAUCAAUGUCUUGACAGCCUGCCAGCUUUAGGCCAAAAGGGGACUGCCGAAGGCAAGUACUCCGUUUGCUUGCAAGAGUCCGAUGUCAGUAAUCGUACAUUACUGGCAGACGCUAUGCAUACGCAUAUUCAAGACAUGAAAUACAAUCUCAUGAAUCCGAGUUCAAAUACUUCGGUAGAGGAUACACUUAAAUUAUUCCAACGCUGGGAAGGAGAAAAAUUUGGCGCACAGGCAAUGGCGGAUGGAAACCUAUGGAAGCUUAUGAACAUGCAAGGCAAAGACGGUCUGUGGUUUCUGAGUCGAGCCGCAAGUUUCGGAUAUUCGGAUGCCAUGUUUGAUUAUAAUAAUCGAUUACUGAAAUCGAUGGGAGUUAUCUAAAUGUAGAAUCUUGUUAAUACCGAGUCAAGAAUGACUGACAGACACAUGUUUUUUGUCACUCAAAAGCAGCUGCCAAAGCAAUACCCAUAAGCCCUACAUGAAAUGUAUUGGUAUAAAUUGGCUCUGUGGCAAAAACGCUACUUCAACAAUGACGUGUUUGCAGCCACGCCCACACCUACAUAUAUCAUAAAAAUAUAUACUAAAGCUGAGAAAUAAAAUGUAAUUAUUCCGACUGCUUGUCAAUAUGAAGAAUUUUAGUAGAAAAUUCAAUAAACAUGUUUGUACUAUUU